AACAAGACCAGGACAAGUCACCAGCCAGCUCAGACGUGUUUGUAUUUCUCUUUUCUUAGCUCAGUGAGUACUGGGUAUGUGUCACACUGCCAAAUCCCCGAUCACAAGUCUCCAUGAACGGGCGGUGAGCUGGGAUAAUAAAACUCCUGACAUCACCAUUCCAGAAGCUUCACAAGACUGCGUAUAUAAGGGGCUGGCUGUAGCUGCAGCUGAAGGAGCUGACCAGCCAGCUGACCCCCUCCACUCACCUAGCCACCAUGGACAUCGCCAUCCACCACCCCUGGAUCCGCCGCCCCUUCUUUCCCUUCCACUCUCCCAGCCGCCUCUUUGACCAGUUCUUCGGAGAGCACCUGUUGGAGUCUGAUCUCUUCCCAACUUCUACUUCCCUGAGCCCCUUCUACCUUCGGCCGCCCUCCUUCCUGCGGGCACCCAGCUGGAUUGACACCGGGCUCUCAGAGAUGCGCCUGGAGAAGGACAGAUUCUCUGUCAACCUGGAUGUGAAGCACUUCUCCCCAGAGGAACUCAAGGUCAAGGUGUUGGGAGAUGUGAUUGAGGUGCACGGCAAACAUGAAGAGCGUCAGGAUGAACAUGGUUUCAUCUCCCGGGAGUUCCACAGGAAAUACCGGAUCCCAGCUGAUGUGGACCCUCUUGCCAUUACUUCAUCCCUGUCCUCUGACGGGGUCCUCACUGUGAAUGGACCAAGGAAGCAGGCCUCUGGCCCUGAGCGCACCAUUCCCAUCACCCGUGAAGAGAAGCCUGCUGUCACUGCAGCCCCCAAGAAGUAGACGCCUUUUCUCCAACUGCAUUUUUUAAAAGACAAAAAUUUCCCCACCGGUGAAUGAAAAUCUUGUGAUUAGUGCUGAAGCUUAUUAAUGCUAAGGGCAGGCCCAAAUUAUUAAGCUAAUAAAAUACCAUUCAGCAACAGA